AUGUUUACUUUGUGUAAAGGAUAUAGUGAUGACGAAGAAGAGGAAAAAAAUUUAGUUGAUUCGUUAGAAGAGAAAAAAAAAUCUCUAGAAGAAAAAAUAAGUUACUAUAAAUUAAAAGGAAAAGAUGAAAGGGGAAAAAUUACUAUAUAUACUAAUUUAGGAGAUUUCGAAAUUGAAUUAUAUUGGUAUCAUAGUCCUAAAACAUGUUUAAAUUUUUAUACAUUGUGCAAUAUGGGUUAUUAUGACAAUACAAUAUUUCAUAGGGUGAUACCUAAUUAUAUAAUACAGGGUGGUGACCCUACAGGAACUGGAAAAGGAGGAAAAAGUAUUUACGGGGAAUAUUUUGAAGAUGAAAUAAAUUGUGAAUUAAAACAUACAGGUGCUGGUAUAUUAAGUAUGUCCAAUAAUGGACCAAAUACAAAUACAUCUCAGUUUUUUAUAACCCUAUGCCCUUUGCCUCAUUUGGAUGGAAAACACACAAUUUUUGCUAGAGUCAGCAAAAAUAUGACUUGUAUAGAAAGUAUUGCAUCUGUUCAGACUACAGCAACUAAUAAACCAAUUUUUGAUGUAAAAAUAUUACGAACAUCAACAGCUAUAAAUGUUGACUAA